CAACUACAAACGUGUUUAUGUUUAUAUUUACUUCUGUAAUCUUAAAAGUGUUCUGACUAUUUUAUAAACAAAAUGGCUGAAAGGAAAGCUGUCAAUAAAUAUUAUCCUCCUGAUUGGACUCCAAAUAAAGGUUCCAUCAAUAAAUUUAGGGGCACUCAUGCUCUUAGAGAAAGAGCCCGAAAACUUCAUAUGGGCAUUCUCAUUAUUAGAUUUGAAAUGCCAUUUAACAUUUGGUGUAAUGGAUGUGAAAAUCAUAUUGGGAUGGGAGUCCGCUAUAAUGCUGAAAAAACGAAAGUUGGAAUGUAUUAUACAACUCCUAUAUAUAAAUUCAGAAUGAAAUGUCAUUUAUGCACCAAUCAUUUUGAAAUACAGACGGACCCAGCGAAUUUAGAUUAUGUUAUCUUAAAUGGGGCAAGGCGACAGGAAAGGAGAUGGGAUCCAACACAGAAUGAACAAGUUGUACCUGAAGAAAAGGAAGUCAGCAAGAAGCUCAUGACUGAUUCUAUGUUUUGUCUUGAACAUAAUGUAAAUGAUAAAGUAAAACAGAAAACUAUCUUGCCAUCAUUACGGAAAUUGGAAGAAUCCAGAGAAAAAUGGAAAGAUGAUUAUCUAUUAAAUAAAACACUUCGACAGCAAUUUAGGGAAAAGAAACGAGAAAUAGCUUGUGUAGAAAGUAAGGACAAGCAGCUGUUAAAAAGGUGUUCCUUGAAUAUUACUUUGUUACCUGAAGUUGAUGAAGAUCGUAAAUUAGCUGGACUUUUAAAACUUGCUCCUCUAUAUAAUUUUGAAGAAAAACAAAAAUUAAAAAGAGAAGAAACUAUGUCAAGACCUUUGUUUCCACUCCCCUAUAAAAAUAUGCCUAUUUUAGCAAGCUCAGUUCGAGAAUCCAAAAUGAAAGAGUUGUUAAAACCUUUAACUAAGACUGAAUUAGGAAUAACUCUUAAAAAUGAAAGAGACAACAUUUUAAAAUCAACUUCUCAUGAAUCUGAAGAAUCAGGUAGUGAAUUGGAAGCAACACAUAAGAAUGAAAGCAAAAAUGCAGUGGCAAAAAUGCAGUCAAAUGAAUCUGAAAAUCCAAAAGAAUCUAGUGAUUUGAAAGCUUCAUUAGUAGCAUGUGAUUAUGAUUCAUCAGAUUCUGACGAAGAAAAAACUUAGAUAUUUUAUUUACAUUUUUGAAAGAAAAAAAAUCUGUGAUUGCCAAAAUUGGGGAUGUAUUCUAUGUAAAAUAUUAAAUUAUCUAAAUGUAAUAUUUAUGUAUAUAGAAUUAACUAAAUUAAAAUUUGUUGUAUUUAAAUUUGAUUUUUUUUUUUUUUUUUGUUAUGCAAACAAUCUGGGUUUUUUUUUUUUUUUUUUUUUUGUGAUAGAAAUGUAAUUAAAAGCAAAUUUUGUGAUUUUGAACUGUGGUCAAAAAGACAUUUGAAGAGGUUUCACCCUGCAGCAGACUAGAACACAUUAUUUAUACUUGCAGCUCUUUGGUGGAAUCAAGUUUAGUAUAUGUGAUCAUACUAUCUUAAGUUCAAGACUGUGAAAAAUAGGCAAUCAUGGUCCAAGUAUAUGUAAAAAAUUUUGCUUUACAUUAUAGUUGUGUAUAUGUAUCUGUAUAAAUCUACAAAUGUGAUAUUAAAAAAGUUAUAUGUUA